GUCAACAAGCAGCUACGGGAAGACGCCGAGAAGCUGCGGGCUGAACGAACAUCGUACCGUGCCACGGAUGAACUUCUGGCAGAACUUGCAAUGCGUAAGGCAAGCCAGGAACAGGAAAAGACAGCAUCCGCUCACCUGAAUGAGCUUGUUGAGGCCAUGACGGAUCGGAUAACUCAACUAGAAUCCGAGCUUGAGAGGCUAAGACCAACAGAAGACGCAGCCAAGGCCACUUCGACGGAGGAUUUGAGCGGUCUUUCAGUUGAGGAGCUCCAGGAGAAGUUUGCCAAGUUGGAGAGGGAUUACGAAGCGAUCAACAAGGAGCUUCCAGCACUUGAAAAGUCGUACAGGAAGGCCAUGGGUAUCGCACACAAGAAGGUGAUGGAUUUCACCGCUUUGGAGGAGCGGGUUGCUAUUCUCACAGCGGAGAAGAGCAAAGCAGACCAGAAGUACUUUGCCGCGCGUAAGGACAUGGACAUUCGGAUAGCCGAAAUACGGACAUUGCGCGGACAGAACAGCAAGAGCUCCGAGAUCAUUUCCCAGCUCAAGGAUGUCGAGACCCAGCACCGAGCACUCAUUACCACUUUGGAGAAGCAGAUUGCGGAUUUGAAGCAGUCCAACACGACAAUUGUGACGGAGAGCAAGAAGCUGGAAUCCUUGAGUUCCGAGGCCACUCGGCGGGCAGAUUCUGUGAAGUCGCAGAUCGAAAAGCUGCAAAAUCUUGUGCAAUCCAAGGAUACGGCAGGUAGGGAGCUGAAGGAGAAGGCGAUGGACAAGGAGCAAGAGGUGGAGAAGCUCAAGGUGCGCCUCGACAAAGUCAGCUCGGAACGCGAUAAGUGGAAGACGAAGUGCCAGUCCAACUCGACUGAGGAGGAGGAAAUGCUCAGGAACUUGGUCCUUUGUUCCGUAUGCAGGAGCAACUUCAAGAACACGAUACUCAAGGGAUGCGGGCAUGUAUUCUGCAACGAGUGUGUCGACAACCGACUGACGAACCGGAUGCGAAAAUGCCCAAGCUGCAACAAGGCGUUCGAUCGAUCUGACGCCAUGCCUGCUCAUUUGUAAUGAAGGAUUUGGUAGGAGGGAUUCGGCAGAGAAGCGUCGGCAAAUGGCUCCGGAACCGGCAC